GUUCCUUAACCCCUCAAACUCUCCUCUUUCUCUUGUGUGCGUUGUGUCUCUCUAAAACCCACGCAGUUGGCGGCGACCUCUUCUUCUUCUUCUUCUUCUUCACUCUCACUCCGAUCAUGGCACCUGUUCCUCCUUCUGCUGACAAAGCUGCUGAUUUGCUGCAGAAUUUGUCCCUGGAUACGAAUCCAAAGACAACUGGAGUUGCUGAGCCUGCAAAGAAGAAUGGGCCUGCUUUUUCCAAUGGAACAGCUAAGGGGAUGACCAAGCCAUUGACUCCAAAUCCAAGCUUCGUUCCUAAUGGAUAUCCUUCUACAACAUAUUAUUAUGGAGGUUAUGAUGGGCAAAAUGAUUGGAAUGUUUAUUCCAGAUAUAUGAACCUUGAUGGAGGAAUGGCUCAAGGUGUUUAUGGGGAUAGCUGCUCAUAUAUGUACAAUCAAGGUUAUGGUUAUACACCAUAUGGAGCAUAUGCACCGCCAAACGCCUCCUCACCCAUCAUUCAACAUGAUGGUCAGCAGCUUUAUGGGCUGCAACAGUACCAGUAUCCUAGUUCUUACUACAAAUCUCCGGCUUCUGCUGAUGUAUCAUUUGCGCCAAACAAAGUCAGUGUUCCACAAGGGGAAAUACCAACAGCCGUUAAUGCUGAUCAUAUCCCUUCCUCAAAUGUUAUGAACAAAGGAAACUCUGUUAGCGUAGCUAAUGGUGGUGAUUGUGCAAAUAAAAAUGGCUUAAAUGCAAUUCUAACAAGUUCCCAGCACAACACUUUGAAUGCAAAUAAUUCUUAUCCGUCUGGCAUGACGGCUUACGCUCCUUUGUCAGGAUAUCAGGGUCCAAGAAUGAGUACUCAGGGUACACAGUCAGCUGUCCCUUCUGAUGUCUCAUUAGCUUCGGAUAGACAGACCAAACAUGGAGCCAAGGUUAACUUCUCUUCUCAAAGGAAUCAAAGACAUCCCCAGCCACUUCAGCAAUUCACGUUGCAGAACUUGAAUGGUUCUGGACAUCCAUCUGGAAUGGACCUGGUUUCUGGAUUCAUGAACAGGAUGUAUCCAAGCAAUGGGAUAUACAGCCAUUAUGGAAACACAUAUCGAACUGGUUCUCGUUUUGGAUCUGCUGCAUAUGGAUAUAGAACAGGCUCUCUUGAUUACAAGAGCAAAGCCACAGGAAAUGGCUGUGUUCAUGAUUUUAAAAGAAAUGGUUUCAGUGAGCUCAAUAAGGGACCAAGAGCUGGCAAGAGUUCUGACAGUAGAAGCGUCCAAAGUCUUGGACCUGUCACAUUAUUACUCAAAGGACAGAAUCUCCCAGUGAAAAGUGAUAACAAAGAAGUGCCCGUGGUUCCCAAUAAGGAACAGUACAACGGGGAAGAUUUCUCUGAUAAUUACUCUGAUGCAAAGUUUUUUGUCAUCAAAUCCUAUAGUGAGGAUGAUAUUCACAAAAGCAUAAAAUACAGCGUCUGGGCAAGCACCCCUAACGGCAACAAAAAGCUCGAUGCAGCAUAUCAGGAAGCCAAGGAGAAGCCUGGUGGCUGUCCCAUAUUUUUGUUAUUUUCGGUGAACACUAGUGGGCAAUUUGUUGGUUUAGCCGAGAUGGUAGGUCCUGUUGAUUUUGGUAAGACUGUAGAAUACUGGCAGCAGGACAGGUGGACUGGUUGCUUUUCUGUGAAGUGGCAUUUCGUAAAGGAUAUCCCAAAUAACGUGCUAAGGCACAUAACCCUUGAGAACAAUGAAAACAAACCUGUAACCAAUAGUAGGGAUACUCAGGAGGUUAAGUUUGAGAAAGGUAUUCAAAUUAUCAAAAUUUUCAAGGAGCAUUCGAGCAAAACUAGCAUAUUGGAUGAUUUUGGGUUUUAUGAGGCUCGUGAGAAAGCAACCCAGGAGAGGAAAUCUAAGGAGCAGCAGUUCCCAAAACAGGUCAACAAGGCCAGUGACAUAACAAUUGGGACUGUUACACUACCAAAGUCUCUUGAUGCAACCUUGACAAAUGAAUCAGCUACUGCAGAUGCAGCAGAAGGAAGGGUGAAUGCUGAGGAGCUGUUAGAGAGGAAUGGAUCCACCACAGUAGUUGAAGAGUCUGCUAAGAGCUGUUAAACCAGUGACAGUCUUUUACUGAUUUUUGUUUGAGUUUUGUUUGUUGUUUUUUUUACCCGUUCCUUUUAGUCAUGGAGUGAGUUGUGAUGUUUGUUUUUGUUUUAAAUUAUCUCUGUUUAUUGGACCUUGUUAUCGAGUGGAGUAUUAUCUCAUUUUAGUUUUUUCUUGACUCAUUUAAUAAAAAUGUUGCUGUGUUAACCAUCAA